CAAAAUUUCUCUCUCUACCUUUCUCUUCAAAUAGCACCACCGGCGAAGGAGGAGAAGAGCAAACCCCUUUCUGUUCUCUCUCCGACGAUCCGAGUCGGAGGAAAUUUGUGGAUUUCAGGCGAUCCACCGAUAGAAGCUCGAUUCAGGCGUCAACGGUCUUCGUGCUGUAAAAAGAAGAGAGAAAAUUUCAACUUUUACGUUCCUAGUACAUUUCUUCUUGUUCCGUGUCAAAUCGUAAGUAAUAGAGGUCGGAUAGUAAAGCUACCCUUCUUAUUGGAGGAGGAGAGUUGUCCUAGUUCCUUAUCUUUUCUUUCCAAGCUGGUGUGUAUCUGUCUUCAAUUGCUCAGCCCUGGGAUCUGCGGAGCUGGGAGUUGGAUCGCAUACAUCAAAAUAGUUAUUCUCGGCGUCUCAGAUUUUCUGGGUGUUACUGUUAGAAAUUGUUCUUUUCGAGAUAUUCGGGUAAAAAAAAAUGACAGUUGAAGGUACUUAUCCAAUUGAGAACAUUGGAGAUCGAAGGGGAAAAAGACUCCUUGAUGAUAAGGUUCCUCUUUUGCCCAGAAAGAAGGAGGAAACUGGUGAAUUUAAUGAGUUCGAUGGGGCUUCCUUUGCUGGUUCUGUCUUCAACCUCUCCACUACUAUUGUUGGAGCUGGAAUUAUGUCUCUUCCUGCCACCAUGAAGGUCCUAGGACUGGUUCCAGGAAUUCUCCUCAUCAUAUUUUUUGCUUUCUUCACUGAUAUAUCAAUUGACAUGUUGAUAAGGUAUAGUCGGGCUGGGAAAACAGUUUCCUAUGGAGGACUUAUGGAUGAUUCAUUUGGAAGGAUUGGCAAGAUGCUAAUUCAGUUAUGUAUCAUUGUGAAUAAUGUAGGGGUGCUGAUUGUUUACAUGAUUAUUAUCGGUGAUGUGCUUUCUGGAACAUCAUCGACUGUAGACCACCAUUCUGGUAUUUUGGAAGGAUGGUUUGGUCAACACUGGUGGACUGGUCGUUUUUUUGUUCUUCUGGUUUCUAUGCUUGCAGUGUUUGCUCCUUUGGCAUGCUUCAAGCGUGUAGAUUCAUUAAGGUACACAUCUGCCUUGUCAGUUGCGCUUGCUGUUGUUUUUGUGGUAAUCACAGCAGGAAUUGCUAUUGUCAAAUUGCUGGCUGGAAGCAUUGCAAUGCCCAAGUUGUUCCCUGACGUCCCAGAUUUGGCUUCUGUCUGGAACUUCUUUACAGUGGUCCCUGUACUUGUGACUGCAUACAUCUGCCAUUAUAAUGUUCACCCUAUCGAAAAUGAAUUGGAGGAUUCGUCCCAAAUAAAGUCAAUUGUAAAGGCAUCACUAGCUCUUUGUUCCACAGUUUACAUAGCCACAAGCUUCUUUGGGUUUCUCCUAUUUGGUGAGUCCACCCUCGAAGAUGUUCUUGCCAACUUUGACACCAAUCUCAAUAUCCCAUACAGCUCUAUCCUCAAUGAUACAGUCAGAGUUAGCUAUGCUAUGCAUCUCAUGCUCGUGUUCCCCAUAGUCUUCCAUGCACUUCGGCUCAAUGUAGAUGGCCUACUAUAUCCAUCAGCCAAUCCUUUGUAUUCUGACAAUCGGAGGUUUGCAUUAAUUACGGUGGUGCUUCUAUCAAUUAUUUUCUUGGCAGCUAACUUUAUUCCCAGUAUUUGGGAUGCAUUCCAAUUCACUGGUGCAACUGCUGCAGUUUGCAUUGGAUUCAUUUUUCCUGCUUCCAUUACCCUGAGAGAUUCUCAUGGCAUUGCAACAAAAUGGGACAAGAUUAUAGCUGUCUUCAUGAUUGUCCUUGCUGUGUUGUCCAAUGUCAUUGCUAUAUACAGCGAUGCAUAUGCUCUCUUUCAUAAGAGUGAAGCCUCAGACUCCUGAGAUCUUUCUUAAUGUCAGUGCUGGUGAUUUUAGUUGUUAUUUGUAGGGAGACACAAUUGUUCUUAUGAUGAAUCGAGUUAUGUUGGUCUGUGUAAAAUUGUACCUAUCAGCAAUAAUGUAACUCAACCUAUACGUUGAGUUAUGUGUUGUAUAGUGUGGCUCGUAGUAUAAGGACCUCCAGGAAUGUGUUCCUUAGGCCCGACUAGGAUCUUAUGUCCAAUUAAUGUCCAAUAAAGUUAGUAUUUACUGGAUGUGGUAUAUAUCUCAGUUGUAUGUAAUAAAAAGGCAUCCUAAACACUGGAACCUGUUUUUCUUAGAAUUUGUCAUUAGACUUUUUGAAUGAAA